AUGUCGGUCCUCAUUGAGUUGACUCUGGUGAAAUCGGUAAAUCCAGAUGAAGUGAAAGAACUUUUAAUCGACUUUCUGAAGACAUCAUCACAUCUCUUCAAAUCGUUCAAUAUACGCUUCUUAGAUGUCGGUGGAAGCGACAGCUUUGAGGACAAAUUGGUCAAUUUAACUGAUGCAUCAGAGGAUUUUGGUUGUACAACUUGUUGUCUGGAGGACAUGGAAGGGCCCAUAGUCAUGAACAAACAUUUGGUUUCGGGUGAUCCAGAUGGAAUUCUCUUCAAUGGUCGAACGACGAAUCAAGAAUCAAACAGCACAUUUUAUAUGGAUUGCGAGAAUCAUUCAAACUCGAUUGUGAAAGAAGAAACUUCCACUUUUGUGUUGAAAAGAGAGCCAUCGAUGGAUGUAUCUUCACUGCAACAAUUUUACACAAAGACAACGUCAAAGCGAAAAUCGCUAUUAAAGGAGUUACCAUUUUUCACCGAACAACCGGAAUUGAUUCAACAAAACGACGUGGGCACUAUUAAAGUGACAGAAAACUGUGCGAUGGCCAAUACGACAAACAGCGACAUUCGUUGUGACGUUUCUACCAAUUCAAAAGAUGAGUUCACUCAACCAGCUGAACUGCUUGAAAAAUCAUAUGCAAAGGAGCUUUCUCUCCCCGAACAGCCUGAAAGUUUUCAACAAAAUGAUGCCAUCUUUGAAGAAGCGAUGGAAACAAAGGAGGAUUUACGAUUAGAUAACAAUAAUAAAGAUUCGAGCGGACCAACGGGUAAUUUGUCUUAUGUUCGAAGUACUUUGGAAGAAUUCGAAAACGAUUCCGAGGAAGCAAAUGGAACAAAAGAAGCGACUUUGGAUAAAAUCGAAAACAUUUCAAACGGAGCAGUUGAAGAUUCCUCAUUUGAUCGAAGUUCGCUAGAAGACUAUCAAAACGAACCCGAAGAAGCCGAGAAUAUUGAAGAUUUGCAUGAUAUAGAAGUAGACCCACCUGCUCAAAAUGCACGAAGUCUUGGUGAUAUACUGUCUGCUGCAAAGCGAGGUGACUUGACAAUUGAUAAGAGAGACGAAUUUGAAGGAUUUGAAGCAGAUGGUAUCGAUGAUGGGCUAGACGAUGUUGAGCAAGAGCUUUCCGGACGGGUUUCAAAAUCUAAACAUGCAGCUUCACGUCUGCAUGGUAUCACUUGUUCGGAGUGCACGCGUACAAGAAAUCGGUUUACAUCAGUAGAGCAAAUUGUGACCCAUCUUCUCGGUACACAUGGAAAGGAGCUCUCAAAACCCUUCAGGUGUGCUAAAUGCAAAUUCGCUUCGAGUUAUCGAGCUAAUGUUGGACAACAUUUGAGGAAUGUUCAUCAUUUGAGGGAUGAUAAUUGGAAAAAGAAAAAUUGCUAUAAACAAGAAUGGCAUCCGGCAACUCUUAGAAGAAUCAAAGAAUUAGCCGAAUUUUACUUUCCUAGAUGUGUUGAGCGCGUUGAAAGGUAUCUCGUUCAAAGAGUGCAAUUUGGACUUGUUGAUAAAAAAGCUCUAGCUAAGGAAGGGAUAGACAUAAGU